AUGAUGUUGCUCGCCGUCCUACUUUUUGCUUGUGCUAGCCUGCCCGAUGUGCGUGCAGGCUUUACAUCAGAUGAAUCCUUAUCAUUUGAUUACAUCAUCAUAGGUGGUGGAACCGCAGGCCUGACUGUUGCAUCUCGUCUCACUGAAGAUCCCAAAGUCAGUGUUUUAGUCGUGGAGGCUGGCGCAGACAAGAGUUCAGACCCGCUGGUUCUCACGCCUGGCUUGGGAACGUCCACCGUUAGUAAACCCGACUAUGACUGGUCUUUCAGAUCUGUACCACAGCCAAACUUGCUGGGUCGCGUUAUUGGUCAGCCUCGAGGUAAACAGUUGGGUGGUUCGUCGGCCAUCAAUCUAAUGGUGAUUAUGUACCCAUCUCAGGAAAACAUCGAUGCUUGGGGAUCACUUGGCAAUUCGGGCUGGUCGUUUGACGAACUUGCACCCUAUUUCCACAAAAUGGCGACUGUCACUCCACCGAGCACCAAUGCAAAGGAAGUCACUCAUGUAGACGAAUGGUACGAUCCAAGUAUCGAAAACACUGGCCCCUUACAGAUCGGAUGGGGCGAUGGCUACACCAAGACACUCAAUGGCGCGUGGGUGGAAACCUUUGAUAUACUUGGCCUCAAUAUGUCGGGCGAUCCGAGAACGGGGAAUGCGAUUGGCGGGUUUCAGAACAUGCAGUCUGUCGACCCCAUAACGAAGACGCGAUCGUACUCGGCAACUUCUCAUUAUGGGUUUGAGCAAAGAGCACGAAAAAACCUUGUAGUUCUUACCAACACGGUUGUGCAGAAGAUUCUGACGAAGAAGACGAGCAAGGGCGUCGUUGCGACUGGAAUUUUGAUGAAGAACGAUAUCAACGAGACGCAUGUGGCAGGCGCAAAAGCUGAGGUUAUCUUGGCUGCUGGCGCACUCCAGUCUCCUCAGAUCUUGGAGCUCUCUGGCAUCGGCAGUCGGAAACUGCUUGAGAAGUAUCAAAUACCGGUUGUCAUAGACAACCCUAAUGUUGGUGAACACCUACAGGACCAUGCCAUAGUUGCGCAACUUUUCGAAAUCAAGGAUGACAUCCCGAAUACCGAUCUGUUGAAGAAUGCAACAUUCCUUGAAAAUGCUAUGAAGCUUUACGCGACGAAUCGUACAGGCUGGCUCGCUCAGGCUCAACUUGCCUCCGCCUAUACUCCUUUCAUGAACGGAAAGGGACGGGUACAGCCUACCGAAAUCAAGCAAUUACUCGACAAGCACCUGAGCACGACUCAUAUCAGCAAGGAGAUUCAAGUCCUUCGGUCACUCAUGGAAAAGCAGAACUACAACCAAGUCCAGUACCAUCUCUUCCCGGCCACGCUGGCCACCGCUAAUGCAUCUGGAGUUGUCCCUACCUAUGACCACCGUUGUAUCGCAGCCAUGGCACUUCUGAGCCAUCCAUUCAGCCGAGGAAAUGUUCAUAUAACAUCCUCCGACGUCGAUACCAAGCCAGCUUAUGAUCCUGCAUUCAUGUCGCACCCUCUCGACAUUGAACUUCUUGCAAACAGUGUUCAGUUUACAGAGAACAUUGUCAACACCAGCCCGUUCUCAGAUGCCUUGACCGGCGUACGACACCCAGACAUCGUAGCUGACACGAUAGAAAACGCCAAGGAUAUCAUCAGAGAGGUUGCGAUCUCUUCCUUCCACCCGUCUGGCAGCUGCGGCAUGCGGCCACAAGGUGAGAGGGGCGUAGUCAAUGCACGCUUGCUCGUGCAUGGCACUUCGAACAUCCGCAUUGUUGAUGCCAGUAUCUUCCCUCUCGAGACCUCGGGCAAUAUCCAGGCAACAGUAUAUGCUGUGGCUGAAAGAGCAGCCGACUUCAUCAAGCAAGAUCGCAAGAGUCUCUAG